AUGGCCCGCUCGGACGGCCUCCUCCGGGCGGCUACCGGAUCGGGUAGGCGCGGCGCGGUUUGCUCGGUCGCGCGCGGGGCGCGCGGACGCGGGCUAAGUCGAGCGGUGGGGAGCGCGGUCACCCGGCCGGCUCGGAAGACUGGCCAGAGCGGAGGGGAGGGACAGAGGAGAGGGAUGGAGCUGACAGGUGGGGCUGCUGCGGCAGUGAGGUCCAAUCGACGACCCGCGGAUCCUACCAGAGCGGAGGGAGAGACAGCAGGGAGCACUACUCCAGCACUCCGCCCCCAUGCGGCUCGCCGGCGCUACUCCAGCACCCGACGCUGGAGUCGAGCCAGCUGCGCCCCGCAGUUCUCGUCCGGCCGUGCGGCACGGAUAAGCAUGAGCCUCCGCGUGGGCAUCGUCGGGCUGCCCAACAUUGGCAAGUCCACCCUCUUCAACGCUAUUGUUGUUUCGUGCCAAACUACUGAUGAUGUGCAGAGUUAUCAAUCAGUUGAGUUCCUUCUCUUUGCUUUCUGGUUGACAUUUAGAUUAUUUUGGCUUUUAAUGGAUGCAGGUGUUCCUUGUGUAUUUGGUGUUCUAACCUGUGAAGACAUGGAUCAGAGUCAAGUGUUUGUUGCUGGACAAAAUGCUAUUGUUCAAGUUCCCAAGCCAUUUAUCUUAUUUUGA